UAUAUAAAUGGAAUGCAUUGCAAAAAGGAGAAAUUUUUAACCUAUUUAGAUACAGUUUCGGGCAUCGAAGAACAAACUAGUGGUCGUGCGUUUGACGAUGAUGUAAUCGAGAAAGUGAUAGUGGACCGUGUGGCGCGUAUAUUGAAGACGAAUGAAAUACACGUUCAAUUGCCUGAAACUCUUUUCGGACUGUCCUAUCGAGUGGAUUGCGGUUUCGAUUUAGAAAUACCACAAAGCGAAGCUCGUCGCGACAAGAAAAAGGAUAAACUCUUGUUUCCCUUGUUGUUGUUGAUGAAAUUUAAAUUGAAGAUUAUCACGCCUACGCUCUUGUCUUUGAUCCGACUCAAGGCUUUGAUUUUGUCGAAAAUCGUUAUAAAACUAGUGCUCGGAUUCUUAAUCUACAACUUGACUAUGGCCACUGUCUCGUCUUAUGACCCCAGCAGUGGGGAACCGAUGAACGGUAGUCCAAACGCACGUUCUGAUGCUUAUUAUAUGGCAUACAGCGCAUAUUAG